CGAUGUGAUUAAAUAAUGACUAGUCCAAGACGAACUAAAAAGAGUGGUGAUACUCAAUGUGCAAUACAAAAUUUAGAUUGGGAUUCACCGUCAGCGGCUACAGGAACUGUGAAAAGAAGAAGAUCAUGUCCAGAAAACUCUUCACAAACUACAACGCAAACGCAUGAAGCUAUUUUUGAAGUCGAAACUCCUUCAGACUCCGGUAGUGGUACAUCGCGAAGUAUUGGCGAGACUGAUAAAUCAGAUUCUUUGAUAGAAGUAGAACAAAGGAUUUCAUGCAUUUUAAAUGAGAGCAGAUCUUCCAAAAGCAACUCUGAAUCAAGCGAUGUAGAAAUCAUUAUAGACAAUAUACUAGGCAACACUUUAGAUGAAGAUCUAUGCGCAGUUGCACAAAAUGAGACAUUUUUAUGCGAUCGUAGCAAAACUUUUGUUAAAUCACAAGAUCCGGCACUUAUUAACCAGAAAUGUGAUGUUGAUAGUAAUGAGUCAGCAAAUGAUAAAAAGAAUAAGGAAAGGAAGCUUAAAACUCCAGCUCCUAUAAAAAAGUUCAAUAAAUCAAUAGAACAAGUUAAAAUUACAAAAGUUUGUAAAGGUACACAAAGAAAUGACGAAAAAUCUAGUGUUUUACCUAUUUAUAAAAGUACUGUUCAGAAUUCGUCAUUAGAGUUAAGUGUCAGUAGCCAAAAGAAAAAAGUUACUUCAAAAUUACGAUUACCAUUCUCUCCAGUUAAAACGAUGGACAAAUCCAAAAUAAAUUUCUUUCAAAGUAAAAACAAUGUGCCUGACAUUAAGCCUUCGACGUUGUUGUCUUCACCGAUACGACGGACUAUUUCCAACGAAUACGUUCGGCUGAAAUUCGGAAACGAUACUGUUGUAAGACGUACUAUAGAUGGUAAAUCAGUACCAAAAAUAACUCCCAAAAUACAGUCUAUAAUACCAGAAAGUCCAGUGGAUACCGAAGAUCCAUUUCUUAACUUAAGUCCUAAUAAAAAAUACACUGUAACUGUGAAUAAUAAGGUGAGAUGUGAUAAAGACAAUUAUGUUAUAUUCGACCCCAACACUGGUUUUAAGCCGGAAGAAGUUGCCAAACAGUCAAAAAUACCGUUGAAAUCACCAAAUAAUGAGAAGUCUCGAAUUCCACUCAAAUCCCCACUUGGUGAAAAUUCCGGCGUGGCUCGUAAAUCAGCGAAUGUUAGUGAUACAGAUAGCGGCAUAUUGUCUCCGAACUCUCCGUUGGAUUCGAGUGAAAAGAAAGGCGCGUAUUAUGUGAAUGCAGCAGCAUUUAGUGAUACAGCUAAAAAAUGUGCAGCGGACCUUGACAUCACUAUUUUGGAUCCUGGUCUAGCGAAGAAAGCUGCAGAACAAAUAAAGAUCUACACAGACUGGGCGAACCACUACUUGGAGCGGGCGCGGUCGCGGCGCAGAGCUGGGGUCUCCGGCGGCGGCCUGGCGAGGGACUGCGCUGACGGCCUGCUGCUCGCGGACGUGCUCGAGGGGGUGACAGGGCUCAAGGUGCACCGGGCUCACCGCAAGCCCAGGAACCCACAGCAAAUGUUGGAAAACGUUCAGUGUUGUCUGGACUUUCUGCACGCGCAAAAAGUCCAGGGAUUGGAGCAAGUAUCUGCUGUGGAUAUCAGAGAUGCAAAGCUAAAAGCCGUGCUAGCAUUAUUUUUCGCAUUGAGCCGGCAUAAACAAGCAUCAAAACAACGAACAACGCCAUCUAGCGGUAAUGCAACGAACGCGACCAAAGUUUCAAGCGAGGACGUGUCUCUGAGUUCCGUGCAACGUAUCACAGGGGGCAGCAGCUGUGAUGAAAUUUUAACCGCAGGAAGUAACAACGUCGAAAUGACGACGUUAACAGCGAAUAGACAGGUGUCGGUGCUGCAGACGUCCAUCCCUCUGCCGGCGUCGGCCGCUGCGGUGCGACGUGCUCCGCCGGACAAACGACCUUUGCCGGCCACCCCCGUGCAUUCAGGAGGAAAAACUGGACUAUCAGCAAGUUCGAGCCGCUCUACGAGUCCUCUGGGACAGGGGGCAGUUAGCUUCAUUCCACGGGCACCAACUUCCUCGUCCGGGUCACGACCAAACUCAUCGUUGCUUGCUCCUGGUAGUAAGAUCCCGUCCACUUUACAGUCACAGCAACAUUCUCAAACAGCCAUCAAUCAAAAUGGAACGCCAACCAAGCAUUCCAUGCUCGACAAGUUGAAACUUUUCAACAAAGACAAAAUCAGCAGUGAAAAACAAAAUAGUAAGAGUACCGCAGUGUCAAAACGUACAAGUUCUUCCAGUGGAUUUUCUUCUGCCAAAAGUGAAAGAUCAGAUUCAAGUUUAAGUCUUAAUGAAUCUUCUAAUACGACGAAUACACAUAUCAAGUCAUCAAAUAUAUUGGGACCUAAAAGUGUAAGACAACAAAAUGAUACAUUAUCAAAAGACAAGUCUGGUAAAAAUAUAAAAUCUAAGUUAAUUAAUUCUAAGGCUCCUAAAGAAUCAUCUAUGAAUUUAAGUAAAUCUAAUGCUAAAACCAGUACUGAAAAAUCUAAAAAUAGUCCAAAGCUGCCUUCUAGAGAUAAAGAAUCCAAACUGGCGGCUCCUAAAUCCGUAAGCAAUACAAAACUAAACCAGCUUGAUGAUCAAUCGAGGAGUUCCAAAUCUAGAAUGGAGUCAAAGAUGGUUAAAUUAUCAGGAAGUCAGAUAAAAUUAAGUGAGCAAAGAUCAGAUACAUUAGAUCAUAGAGGAGUUCAAGAAAAUACAUCUCAUUCUAAAUCAAAUCAACAAUCAUCUGGAAAUCAAAAUAUCGGAUUAGUAAAUCACACUGGGAUUCCUAAACCAACUGCUGCUGUUAAAGGAACAUUCAAAAUAUCUAAAGAAGACAAACAUAUUAUUAACAAAAGUACAAAUAGUCAAUUAAGUCCUAUACAAAGUAAUUCUAGUUUAAAUUCCACGAAUAACAUAAGUGCUCUUCCAUUCACUAGAGAACAGUCUAAUUUAGGUAAGGAAAUAACGCAGAAGCAAACGUUAGCUGUAUCUCCAAUGCCAGUAUCACAGAUGUCUGAAAGUUCUCAUUCAAAUUCUACACAUAGUACCACUGGACAGCAUUCUAAUUCAAGUGAUAGUAGCGUCAUUUACCGUCCGUCUAGUGAAUCAGGUUCUGAGAUAUCAAAAGUAACGAACAGUAACAAAAGAAUUGACAUGAAUUCCACUUAUUUGAAUAAUGUAAUUACGGAAGCAGAAUUGUCAGAAAAAGAAGCAGCACAAAAACGCCUAAAUGAGUCUGGGUCACGGCAACCUUUUGAUGCUGACAAAACUAUAACUGAUACAAGUAGAAAGCAAGAGGCCGAUACAAGAUCAAGUACGCCUUCACAUUGUCGUGAUAACUCUCUUGGAGAAGACGAAAAUCCGCUGAUGAAUGUAUUACCAAUGAGACCAUUACUAAGAGGAUAUAAUAGUCAUUUGACAUUACCAAUGAGAACAUCUGGUAUUACGCAGAAAAAUAUUCCUGGAUACCCGCAUCACGCAAACACUGUUAAAGCAAACUUUGGUAGAGAAAAUAUGGGUUUGCGUGAGCGAAUGAAUUACGGGCCAGGCUUUUCUAAUCCAGAUUAUUGUGACCUUGAAAUUGCUUCUGGAUAUAUGUCUGAUGGUGACUGUUUGAGGAGAAUUAAUGUAAACGAAAUGAACUGUGGCCGAAAUAACGACAUGAUGGACGGUUACAUGUCUGAAGGUGGAGCGUCGCUUUACGGUCGUCGAAUGAACUAUCAACAACCUUCACAAUUUCAACAAAUAGAGGAGAGACGCAGUGGAGGUCGCAGUAAAGGUAUGGAGGGAGGCAGCGGCGUGGUGUACAGAGUAGUGGGCCGCACACGCAGCAAGGCGGACUGCGGGCAGCAGACGGAGAGACAGCCGCCGCGGCAGGAUGCCACGUGGAAGAAGUACACCGACUCUCCUGGGGUGGGGACUCCUACGAAUCAGCCAGCGCAAGCGCCGCCAAGCCCGUCGCAUGGCCGCAAAGGAGAGAGACGGACGGGACACCACUCCCCACAACACCACAAACGGGAGAAACUUACAGCAGCGCAGCAGUUGGGGUUGGCACCGCAUCCACAGUAUGCGGUAGCAUCCAAUUCUUCUAGUCAACAUUCUUCAAGAGGCGGAUCACAACUUCAAUCUCCAAGUGGACCUUCAUCUCGACCUUCGAGUGUCUCAAGUGGUGGUAAUGGCAGUACCUGCUCCUCAAAUAAGGCGAAGGUUCCCCAGAACUUUGGCUAUGUGAAGCGGCAAAACGGAACACUACAACCGGCUCCGCAGUCUAAUGGACCACCACCCCAACAUGGACAUAGUGGCAGAACUGCCCAGGUUUCGGCAGUACCUAGAACCAAAGUGAAAGUGUCGGGCGGCACGCAAACAUGUACGCAGGAUCUCCAAAUACACAAAAAUGGCAUUGGUCCAAAGUCGUACUCGCUCGGAGGAACGGCGGCGGCGCAGUUGUCGGCGUCGGUGCGGGAGCGCCUGCUGGGCUCCCAGUCCCUGCCCAAGCCUGGAACACACGAAUUUGCCGCGCUUUUCCAUCAUCACAGAGUCGCUCCCCGGAGUGGUAUGAAAAUCAGCGAUGGCAGUCUAUCAGACACACAAACUUAUUCUGAAGUGAAAUCUGACUAUGGAAUACCAUAUGCGCCUUGGUUGAGACACAGCAACACAUACUCCGCGAGCGGGCGCCUCUCGGAGGGCGAGUCCAUGGAGUCCCUCACCUCGCUGCAUUCGGCGGCCCACAACCACUCCUCCUCCCCUAACUCACACCACCGCAGCUCACUCACUCACAAUAAGCUCAUCAUGCACCGAGACGCUCAGGGCUCCAGGCUUAAUAGGAGCAACAGCAUUAGAUCAACGAAAUCGGAGAAGCUGUACCCCUCUAUGCUCCAGAGAUCGUCGGAGAGUGAUUAUGAACCAUACUAUUGUUUGCCCGUGCAAUAUGGACCAGGAGGACAAGGUCUAAAUUAUGGUGUUUCGGAACCACCGUCACCCUCUCCAAGAUCAGCCCUUAGUCCCACGCACCAGCCUGGCAAUGUAUUGCACACACCGAGACAUUCCCACCACUACCCUAAGAAGAAUGAUGACGUGCACGGUUCCACUGCGUCACUGGUGUCGACGGCAUCAUCCUUGGCUGCUGGGGCGGGUUCAGAUGAAAGGCAUGCUCACGAGGUGCGGAAGUUGAGGAGGGAACUUGCAGAUGCCAAAGAAAAAGUGCACACGCUGACCACACAGCUCACCACCAAUGCGCACGUGGUAUCGGCAUUCGAGCAGAGUCUCUCGAAUAUGACCCAGAGACUGCAGCAGCUCACAGCCACAGCCGAGAGAAAGGAUUCGGAGGUGACGGAGCUGCGACAAACGAUAGAACUACUUCGGAAGCAGUCUAUCCAGGCGGGUUUAACAACUGCACACAUGCAGUCUAUGGGCAUCCGAGCAGAUGGCGUCAAUAUGACUGCACAGCAAGAACCGCAUCCCCAAACACAAUCUUCCCCUCAACGCACAGCUCAGACUGGGAACGGCGCCAUCACCAGACACCUCUCUACUGACAGCGUGUCCAGUAUCAAUAGUCUUAGCAGCGGGUCUUCCAUGCCUCAUGACAAGAAGCAUAAGAAAAAGGGAUGGCUACGAUCAUCGUUCACGAAGGCGUUCUCACGAAACGCUAAGAUCUCGAAGACGGCGAAGCAUUCGUCCCUCGGGCAGCUGUCGUCACAAGACAGCUCGUCCGGGUCCCACCACUACGAUGACCCUCACACUAUCCGAGAAGGCAGCAACGAAAAUAGUUUGGAACAUUCACAUGAAAUUCUCGUUGACAAUAAGGACAAGACAGCGGUACCCGCGGCGAAACCCGAGGAGACGAAAGAUAAACCAGAUGACUCGGGUCUAGUAGAUGAACUCAAGAGACAGUUGAGAGAAAAAGACCUAGUGUUAACAGAUAUAAGGUUAGAAGCACUAAGCUCCGCGCAUCAACUGGAAAGCUUGAAAGACACAGUCAUAAAAAUGAGGAAUGAGAUGCUAAAUCUGAAACAGAAUAACGAGCGUCUACAACGUCUAGUAACAUCUAGGUCGUUAGCUGGAAGUCAGAGUUCUUUGGGAACUGGCGGGUCCGCAGUGGAGGACCCGAGAAGGUUCAGUCUUGCAGACCAAGCUACCAUGCACCAGACCACAAUAGAUAUUCACUCUCAACCCAUAGACCUUGAUUUCAACUGCAUAACGUCAACACCCACAAUGGACUUCAAGAAAGGUUCACCAACCACCAUGGAGCCUAUAUACGGCAACAAAGCUGUGUGUGAACUGAACGAGAAGGGGGAACUUCUCGCCUUGAACGGGUCCAGUGCCAUAUUUACUAAUGGGCUGAGUGCCACUGAAAGGCUGAGUGGGGAUUAUGACAUCAAUACUGUGUUACCACCACCUAAGACGAGAGAACUGGCGAUCGGGGAGAGCUAUUCCGAUAUUGGUGUUGCCGACAGUCAAGGGGACACGACAGACGGCAAGAAAAUAGCCAUAGCAGUAUACUUGGGCCAACCAGAGACAUUCCAAAGAUAUUUCGAAGAGGUCCAAGACACGCUAACAGAAUCUGAAGUCAGAUUUUUUGCGAAGCAAGCAAGCGCAUAUAAUCAUUUCGAGAAACAACCAAGCUUCGACUCACCUCGAAUAUCGCAAAACCACAGUCCAGAGACCGAAAGCCAGGACUUCCCACAGAUAAAUAAGUCUAACACGAAUAGCCUUAAAAGCAAUAAAUCUACGCACAGUAGUUCAUAUAAAAAUGUGUAUAAUAGUGACUCGACAAUAAAUGCCAAUGAAUUCACUAUAGCGUUCACAUAUAUAUCUGGCAAAACUACUUGGCAGAACUUAGAUUAUAUAGUUAGGAAAACAUUUAAGGAUUAUUUAUCUAGGAUAGACCCGGGAACGAAUCUGGGAUUGAAUACGGACUCGAUAACGUCGUAUCACUUGGGCGAAGCGACGCGAGGGCCGGAGAUCGGAUUCCCGGAGCUGCUCCCGUGCGGAUACAUCAUAGGAACUGUGAACACCCUGUACAUCUGCUUGCAAGGAGUCGGCAGCUUGGCAUUUGAUAGCCUUAUACCAAAAAAUAUUGUAUAUAGAUAUGUAUCUCUGCUAUCGGAGCACCGUCGGGUGAUUCUAUGCGGACCGAGCGGCACCGGCAAGUCGUAUCUCGCGGCCAAGCUCGCGGAGUUCUACGUGCAGAAAACGCAGCGGCGAGGCGUGCCUGCUGAGGCCGUCGCUACGUUCAAUGUGGAUCGUAAAUCGUGCAACGAACUGCGGGCUUACCUGGCGAACAUAGCGGAGCAGUGUGGGGCGGCGGCGGCGGGGGAGGAGGCUGCCUUGCCUUCGGUCGUAGUGCUUGACAAUCUACAGCACGCCUCAGCUCUAGGGGAUGCUUUUGCGGGUCUGCUUCCCCCUGACAAUAGGAAUAUGCCUGUGAUUAUCGGUACAAUGUCCCAGGCUACGUGUAACACAACAAAUUUGCAAUUGCACCAUAACUUCCGGUGGCUGCUCACUGCAAAUCACAUGGAACCAGUCAAAGGUUUCUUGGCCAGAUAUCUCCGUCGCAAGUUGUUCUCCCUGGAGCUAAGGCUGGGCAGGCGCGAGCCGGUGCUGGCGGCUGUGCUGGAGUGGCUGCCCGGUGUCUGGUCCACCCUUAACUCAUUCCUUGAAGCACAUUCCUCCAGUGACGUCACGGUGGGGCCGAGACUGUUCCUAGCUUGCCCCAUGGACCUAGAAGCCAGUCAGGCGUGGUUCGCGGACGUUUGGAACUACAGCAUCGUGCCGUACGCGUCGGAGGCGGUGCGCGAGGGCAUCGCGCUGUACGGCCGGCGCCGGCACGCCGCGCUCGACCCGCUACACCACGUCAAGUCCACGUACCCGUGGCGGGAACCCAACCACUCUCACACUUUGAGAGCAAUAACGGUAGAAGAUCUGGACAUUGAAGAAUCAAAUCAAGAUUCUACCAGCAAUAACAACCAAGAUCCAUUGCUGAAUAUGCUGAUGCGUCUCCAAGAAGCUGCAAACUACAGCGGAAACCAAAGCCAAGACUCUGACAACGCUAGUAUGGACUCGAAUCUCACUCACGACAGUUCUAUGGGCAACGAGUUAUAAAAUGGUGAAGAAUAACACUUUUGAAAUGGUUUCUAUUAUAUUCCAAAACCCGUUUGAUCAGCGUCAUGUCUAGUUUUUCAAUCAAUACUUGCAGAGUAUUAUAUGAAUUGAGAUGGUGCCACGUGCCAGUCAAGCGAUUAAUUAAAAUAUCUCAGAAGGUAAUGUAAGGAAUACCUAUGUAAUUUGUGUGUUUAUCCAAAUCUUGUAUUUAGUAGUAUAUUUUCAUUCAAUCUAGAAUUUUAUAUUUUUCUCUAUUUAUACUUUUGGUUAGUAUUUGUUCAAUUGCUUAAUCAACUUUUAUUUCGUGAUAAUUCAUUAGCUACAUUUUUGUCAGGUUAUAUAAAAAUUAUAAUUUCACAUGUUCCUUGGUGAAAUGAAUGAUAUACAAAGCCAAAUAUUUGCCAUAAAUGUUCGUUAUUUAUAUUUGUUUGCUAAGUGUUAUUAUAAUUUGGAAUCUGUUAUAUUAUUUAGUUGCAAAACUAUAACGUAUUGGUUUAUAUUUAAUCAUUAAAUAAAAGUGUUGUACAUCUCAUAGACAUACAACUUCUGACUAAAUAAUAGCUCAAAAUUCAUUAUAUAGCAAUUUCAUAGAUCCUAGAAUUGAAUUGUAUUCAUGUAAUAAUUUUGUAAAAUAUUAUGUAUGGGAUGUACACCACCAAUUUAAGGAAGGUUUUUACUCUGCGAUAUUUGUAGAAUCAAAUAUUAUUGGUAAGAGUUUAAAAACCUUUCAUUAUUCAAUUUCGUUGCAAAUUUUGUAUGUUUUUAACGUGGACGUUAAAAAUCUGUACACGUAUUCGUAAAUAAAAAUAAACAACGCCAGUGCCUGGAGCGAACUAUUUCCAUUUAUAUGAAGUAAUUCAGACGGAAUGGACUGUUACUGUUUAUAAGAAGCAUUGUGGCUUUUACUAUUGUUAUAUUUUUUCAAACUUAGGUUACGGACCGCAUUUGUAUUAUGACAUGUAUGUAAAAUAUUAUAUGAAAGUGUAAUUUUUAUACCAUUUUCAUAUUAAAACUCAUGUACCUAAUAAAUAUAUUUUAGAUGUAAAUAAAAUAUGUUUAAUAUAAUUUUUUUCUAUGCGAUUACACUAACUGCUAUUAUGCCAUAAAUAGUGUAGUUACUUUUGUAUAAAAAUGCGUAACAUUUUGUUACAUGUUUGAUAUGGAUUGACUUGUGUGCAUAACAGAAACGUGAUAUCUACAAUCUAUGCUUUACUGAAAAUGUGAAAUAAACAUUUGAUUAUAA